UAGGUUUGAAUGAUUACAGACUUCCAUAGAUCGCCAAGGUAUUGUUGAAAGAGUACAUUUUGGAAACUGCUUGCUUUUGUAUACUCGCAUCUAAUUUCAUUUCAUGGCUCAACAAGUUCCAGAUCCAAGUCCCGAUUGUUUAAUUUGUUUAAUGGAAGAUGACCAUAUUAACCCCCGCGGAAAAAGGAUCCGAGAUGACCAACAGGAUGAGGUAACCAUGAGUGUUUCCUUGGAACAACACUAUACUUUAAGGGAUUUUCACUUCUUACUUGCUUUUGAGCCUCAGCAAUAUUAUCACCUGCACCGUUCAAACUCUGAUUCGGCGCUGGGGGAACAGAAGAGGAGGAGGCGGGAUUGUAUCGUCAUCGCUAAAAGUGAGCAAUUUGGUAGAGUUCGCUCCCUCAGAUAUCCACCAGCUUCUGAAAACGCAGUGAUUCCAUCCGAAACUAAAACAGAAAUCAAUUUAUCCCAGUGCAAUGGUGAUGAAUCUCAUGUUGCUAUUCACAUUGAGUUGGAGAAGGAGGUGGAAUCGGAACACAAAAUGAUCUUGCCAAUAAUACGAUGCAGCCACGCUAAUCUGAAUCAACACAUGCACAAGCACAAGAACAAGAACAAGAACAAGAAAACCAAGCAAAUAAAGCCCGUCGUGGUGUGUGAAGAAAAUGAUGAAGAGGUUGAAAGCUACUCAAAAAAAGUUCCGUGUUUAGUAAUGCUGUUAAUGAUAUGUGUUUGGGGCUGGCUGCUGACGUGUCGGCGGGAAAGAAUAACGAUAGGGGGCUCGGUGGUUGAACUGCUGAGUUUUAUGGUGUUUGCUUCGGGUGCGGCUUUAACGAUUCUGUUUGGAGAAAGAUUCAGUCACACCCACGGCGCUAUCUUCAUCUCAUGGGCCGUUCUUAUGCACGUCGGAGUUGAUCAUUCAAUCAGUUUGCUAUUCCUCGCCAUACUCGCUCUCUUCUUCGGAGCCUCUCAUGCACUUACCUCCUUCAUUACA